AUGGCUGUCUUAAACCUUGUAGCACUCCACAUAAAGCCCGGCUCUCCCGGCGCCCGACCGCCCCGGCCGCCGCCCCCUCCCCAGCGGCCUGGCCCGGCCGGCACAAGCGGCGCUGCCACCGGCGCCGCGGGGUCCCGGGCGGCCCGCGGCUGCGGAGGGGGCGGCGGGCGAGGGGCCGCGCCAGUCCCCGGCGGGCCGCGCCGGCUCAGGGGCGGCCGGGCCAGCUGCGGCCGAGGCGAGCGGGGCGCUCGGCGGGCCCCACGCCGGCCAGCGGCGGGCGGGAAGGAGGCGGGAGCUUACCUGACCCGGCUCGGCUCUCGCUCCAUCCCCCUCGGCCGCCGCCGCCGCCGCCGCCGCACACAGCCCAGCCGCCCGGCGGGGGACAAUGACGUGCCUCCAUCCGGGCACCGCCGCCGCCGCCUCCGGGUCAGCGCCGCGCCCGCAGCGCCCCGCCGGGCCGCCAGGGGGCGCGCCAGGGCCGCGCCCGCACGCGCCGCCGCCCAGGGGCCGUCGCACAAGAGGCGCGGCGCGCAGCUAACGGGCCGGGCAAGCGCGGGAGGGGCCGUCGUCAAAGCGCCGCGGGCGCAGGCUGGCGCGCGCGUCACUGGAGCGCCGGGGCGCCGCGGAAGGGGCGCGCUGAUUGGCCGAGCCAAGCCGCGCGGCGCGGGCCAGGGCGGUCCUUCCCCCCGAGCCAUCGGCGGGAGCGGAUCGAGCGGCGCGCGGCGGCCGCGGGCCCGAGCCAGGCUCUGGCUGCGCCUGGGCCCGUCCGGCCUAAGCGGGGACGCGGCGGACCUGGGCGCCCCCCAAACGGACGUGGCUCGGGGAGAGCCUCUCGCGCGCGCCGCGCCGCUACCCCUGCGGCACCCGUCCCUCGGCCUAGCGACCCAGCAUUUAAGGACGCCGGAGCCAGCCGGGCGCCAGCUCGCAGACUUCAUAAACUGCGUGACCGGGAGGGGAGAGUUUGAAACCUGGCUCCGGAAAAGGCCAGGCCCCUGCCCAGCCCGUCUGGACUGCGCCUCAUCCAAGCACUGCACACUCCUUGGGGCAACUAGACCAGGGCACACCCUUCAUAUGGUACGUGCAUCUGAAUUCUGCUUCAAGCCUGGCUUAAGACGGCAGGUACCAGGAAAGGUCCCAGGAAGCAGAGUCCAAGGAUAAGAUUCCAGGCGACAGGUCGUGAUUUCUCGGUUUCGUAAGUUUGAGCCCUGCUUCCGGUUCUGCACAAGCAUCAUGGA